GCCUCCCUGGAUCGAGCCCAGCCGCGCUGGGGGCGGCGGCCGCGGCGGUGACAGCCGCUCCCCCCGGCGGCCCGCCACGUCCCUCACGUACUGCCCGGCCGCGGCGCCGAGCGGCGACCAGGCGCCGGGGGCGCGGGCUCCUCCGGCGGGCUCGGCAUGAGGCUGGCGCGGCUGCUGCGCGGAGCCGCCUCGGCUGGCCCGGGCUCCGCGCUGCGCGCCGCCCGCCCCGGCGCCAGCCGCAGCCUCACCUCGGACUCGGGCUCGGGCCCGGCGCCCGAAGGUGGCAUUCCGGGCCAAGUGGACUUCUACGCGCGCUUCUCGCCCUCCCCGCUCUCCAUGAAGCAGUUCCUAGACUUCGGAUCUGUGAAUGCUUGUGAGAAGACCUCAUUUAUGUUUCUGCGGCAAGAGUUACCUGUUAGAUUGGCAAAUAUAAUGAAAGAAAUAAGUCUUCUUCCAGAUAAUCUUCUCAGGACUCCCUCGGUUCAACUGGUGCAAAGCUGGUAUAUCCAGAGUCUUCAGGAGCUUCUUGAUUUUAAGGACAAAAGUGCUGAAGAUGCUAAAACUAUUGAUGACUUUACAGACGCUGUGAUACGGAUCAGGAACCGACACAAUGAUGUUAUUCCCACGAUGGCCCAGGGUGUGAUUGAAUACAAAGAGAGCUUCGGGGUGGAUCCUGUCACCAGCCAGAAUGUUCAGUACUUUUUGGAUCGAUUCUACAUGAGUCGCAUUUCAAUUCGAAUGUUACUCAAUCAGCACUCUUUAUUAUUUGGUGGGAAAGGCAAAGGAAGCCCAUCUCAUCGAAAACACAUUGGAAGCAUAAAUCCGAACUGCAAUGUAGUUGAAGUUAUUAAAGAUGGCUAUGAAAAUGCUAGGCGUCUGUGUGAUUUGUAUUAUAUUAACUCUCCUGAACUAGAACUUGAAGAACUGAAUGCAAAAUCACCAGGACAACCAAUACAAGUGGUUUAUGUACCAUCCCAUCUCUAUCACAUGGUGUUUGAACUUUUCAAGAACGCAAUGAGAGCAACGAUGGAACACUAUGCUGACAAAGGUGUUUACCCACCUAUUCAAGUCCAUGUCACACUGGGUAAGGAGGAUUUGACUGUGAAGAUGAGUGACCGAGGAGGUGGUGUUCCUUUGAGGAAGAUUGACAGACUCUUCAACUACAUGUACUCAACCGCACCCCGGCCUCGUGUGGAGACAUCCCGAGCAGUGCCCCUGGCUGGUUUUGGUUAUGGAUUGCCCAUAUCACGACUUUAUGCACAAUACUUCCAAGGAGACCUCAAGCUGUAUUCCCUAGAGGGUUAUGGGACGGAUGCAGUGAUCUACAUUAAGGCGCUGUCCACAGAAUCAGUAGAAAGACUCCCUGUGUAUAACAAAGCUGCCUGGAAGCAUUACAACGCCAACCACGAGGCUGACGACUGGUGCGUCCCCAGCAGAGAACCGAAGGACAUGACAACGUUCCGUAGCGCCUAGAUAGACUUGGGACACCUGCAAAAUCCAGAUGCAGCUUUUGUAUUAAAUUUGGAAGAGAUUUGGUGUUCAGAACUACCUUAUACCAAAUACUUCACCUGUUGUUUUCACAAUUAACUUUUUGGGUAGAAUAAAUGGAUAAUGAAUUCCGUUUAUGCCUGUUAAACCUCCUAAGGGAUGAAACUGUACCUAUUUUACACUUAUAUUUUCACAGUUAAUUGAAGAUAUUUUUAAACAACCAUAGUUUUGGUCAACUUUCCUCUUUAUGGUAGACUUCGGAAGCGUUGAAGUUUUUGGGUUUCUAUGGGAAGCUGUGUGUUUUUAAAAAAUACUUCACGUUUAUGUCUGCUAGAACAUUUUCUUAGUAAUACUGAUUAGCUAUUUAGCCAUCUUUCGUUUUUUUGGAGGAGUUCUGCCAUCCUUUAUUUGGUAAUGAUAACUAAUAAGAUGAUCUUCAUUACCAGCGACUAACUGCAAGUAAAGCAGAAGGCAGUUGUCCUGUAAGUGUGGAACCUUUCAGCAUCUACAUGCAUUGUCUUCACUCGGAAGUUAGUUUAUCAUUUUUUAAUAUUAUUGCAAAGAAUUGUAAUGACUGGUUCCCCAUGGAGCUAAGCCAAGAUCCUGCGCAAUCUUCUUUGAAUGUACUUGUGAUUAAUGCAAGGGGGAAUUUUUAUACUAAACCCAGCACUGCUACAGUCCUAGAAAGGGAUUUGAGGGCAAAGCAGUGAGUCCGAAGACCUGAGCUAUUGAUUGUUAGGGUUACUUGGGGGAGAUUUUGAGAAACAGAGUUUUUCUGGGUCCUACUCCAGACGUACAGAAUCAGACUCUUUAUGGCUGGAGCCCAGGAAUCUCACUUUUUAAAACGCUUCCGUGGUGAACCUGAUGCCUCGCCGAUGGAGGAAACGAGUCUUGUAAAGGGCAUAAUGAUACCACAUUCACUGAAAUAACAGAGAGGUCUUUAGGUUUUGGUUUUCACCUAUUGAAAGGUCAGACUUCUAGACUCCAGGAGAUACAAACUGAAUCUCAGGCCUGGUGCAGUUAGAAGCAGGAGGCAAACUGACACAGGAGGAUAGUCAGGCAACCAAAGGCUCAGAAUCACAAAUGUGCAAGUGUUGACAAAGAACUUAUAUUUUAUAAAAAAUACCUAGACUUUAUUAUCAGGAAAAAAUCAACUUGGGUUUGUCACAACAAUCCUUUACAUUUGUAUGGUAAUUUGUAGUUUACCAGUACUUUGGUAUAUCAUGAUAACUCUGUUGGGCUUUAAAAUAGAGAGAUCUAGAGCAGGUGGUAUCAUCAUCAUUUUGAGAUUCAGAACGUGGCCCAGAGUGGCACAGAAUUGGAGUCAGGGCCCAAGCUGUGUCUGCCGAUCCCUGCGUCAGCCGCCAGGACUGGGAGACCGUGAAGUGAGGCGACCAUGUUGUUAGCCAUACCUCCUCUUCUUUUUAGGCGACAGGGAAAUACAUUCAAAAUAAAUUUUAAAGUAAGAUUUUAAAUGUUUAAAGGACAGCUUUACUACUUAAAUGGGGAAUUUUAUUUAUCUGGAAAAUACUUUGAGUUGAAACACCUCAUUCUCAAAAGGAUUACGUCAGCUUAACAAUUCUACGUACAUUUGUAAGUUGGAAGGGAUGUCAAAGGGCAGUUAGUCCAGGCUCCUCACCUGAGAGAUGACGAUCCCGGAACUCCGAGUGUGUGGUUCGCCCAGGGGUUUAGCUGAUUUGACCAAAUGGUGGAAAAAGAAAUCUUUCACCUAACCUGUUGUUCCUUAAUAUGGGUGUUGUGAAAAACAAUAGGAUAUGCUAGUGGAUGACUUCUAUUAGUUUCCUACAAUUUUGUUGGUUUAAAACUUUUCUUAUAAUGAUGAAAUAUUUUAGAAUCCUUUGAAUCAAAGUAUUGACUUUCUUUCCUAAAUGAGACUUUUGUACGAUUGACAUAAACUUGAUGUUUUUACUUUGAAACACUUCCCCCCAAAAAUUAAAGUUUUUCCUUCUUUAUUUAAGAGCUAAGAAAUGGUAUUUUCAAAGGAAAAGGACAAUAUUUUCCUUUAGCUUCUUUUUAAGGUAUAACAGCCUUUUCACUUUGUUAUUUUGAUAAUGGACAGAAAAUUACGUACAAAAAUAUUUGGAGGGUAGCUGUUUCGUAGUUGGCUUUAAAUCAUUGUGCUACCUGAAAAGUUUUUAGAUUCUUCAGCUGUUUUGUCCACCAGCAUUUAAUGUGAUGCCAUGUAGAUAAAAAUACAUACUGAAGGAUAAGAAGUGGAUGCUAAGUGAUCUUUAUAAAUUUUUAUAAAAUUUAAUGAAUGUGCUAACAUUUUUUAGGAAGAAUCACAAAAAUAUUCUACCCUAUGCUUAAAAUACUGGUUGGCUUUAGAUGUCUUCGUACUCAGCAGCAAUCACUUUCUUGCACUGUGAAGUUUUACAUGAAGAUGUUGAAGUGGAAGUCUACCAUAUUAUUUUAUAAAGUGUUUUGUGUAAGGCAAUAAACUGAAAACAUGGAUCAACUCUUA